CUCCAACCUAUGAGGAAAUGCUCGCCGAUGUGCGCUUUCCAUAGGAUUUUCUAUACUGUAAUACCUCAAAACGCGAAUGAGCAUCGACCGUGAACGUUGACGAGGAAUAAUUGCAGCGCUGAAGCCCCUCCAACAUAAGUCAAACACGGAAAAUGUUGUCGCAAUUACAACAAAGCCACAUAACUCUACACGCGUGAACAGCGAAAAGCAGAAGCAGAAAUAAUUAAAUAAUUUUCAUUGACUGCACUGAAGCCAAGUUGCAGGAGACCCAUUAAGAAAGAGCAGCCCCUUACAGCGUAAAAUUCGCCAGAAAUAGGAGCAGCAGCACUGCAGCCACAUUAAAACGAUCCAUCAACAUUGCCUGUCAUUCGCUAACGGCAUCAUCGUCACCACCACGGCAAUAAGAAACAAUACCGAGCAUCCGCCAAGAACAACUAACAAACAAACGAACCAACGAAAGCGAGUCGUCAGCAGCAGCAGUACGCUUUACCCUACUCGCUUCUCUCAGCUCACCCGCUUUGCGUACCGACACGACGGAUGCGUGCAGAAUUGUUCGAGUGUUUCGUAUUGAUUUAACGUUGUUUGCUAAACUAAAAGUACACAGCAAUACGAAUAAAAUAAAAGAAGCGAAUAAGUAGAAAGUUAUAAUUAAUAUAAUAAUGCUACAACAAAUACAAAUACAAAUACCAAUACCAAUACUAAUGCAGUAGAAAAGUGCUCUCAAUACAGUAAAACAAACAAACGAAAAAAAACUCACAGUUUCACUCUCGUGCAUUUUAGAGAGUCAAAAGUAACAACAACGAAAAGCAAUCAUCAGCUGUGUCGUAAAAGAGCAGCAGCGUGGUGUAGAAACGGAAAUCGAGACUAUAAUUCAAAAAGCAAAAAAUAAAACCAAAAACAACAAAUUAAAGACGCGACUUUCGCUGUCACUCUGCUGAUACUCAACAGAUCCGUUAAACAAACAAAAGUAGCACAAAAUGCCGCCAAACACGAAUACGAACACCGAAGAGCAGCUGCCGGAAGAAUCGACGCAAAGUCUGGAAGCGGCCGAUCAAAAGGUAGAAGACACCACGCAGCGUGAGGUAUUCCGUGAGCUAGCGCAAAAACAAAAUGAACAACCGCAAGGGGAAAGUCAAAAAAUGUUUACAGAAGCCACCACUUUGACACCAAAAACCACAACAGAAGCCGAAGAGGAACCCACCACAACAACUGUGUCUACCAUCCAGAAAAUCGGUCAUGCCGGCGAAGUCGUAACCGAAGUGAUUGCCGAGAAGACCGGUCUGCCCACAUGGGGCGUGGUGGCCAUUAUCAUAUUGGUAUUCCUCGUCGUCUUUGGUAUACUCUUCUUUUGUGUACGUCGUUUCUUGAAGAAGCGACGAACCAAAGAUGGUAAGGGUAAGAAGGGUGUCGAUAUGAAAUCGGUACAAUUAUUAGGAUCGGCGUACAAAGAGAAAGUUCAGCCUGAUAUGGAGGAACUCACCGAAAAUGCUGAAGAAGGCGAUGAGGAGGAUAAACAAAGCGAGCAAAAAUUGGGAAGACUGAAUUUUAAGCUCGAAUAUGACUUCAACUCGAACAGCUUAGCGGUCACCGUUAUACAAGCUGAAGAAUUGCCCGCGCUUGAUAUGGGCGGCACUUCGGAUCCUUACGUUAAAGUCUAUUUGCUGCCCGACAAGAAGAAGAAAUUCGAAACCAAGGUGCAUCGCAAAACAUUGAACCCGGUCUUCAAUGAAACCUUCACAUUUAAGAGCUUGCCGUAUGCCGAUGCCAUGAACAAGACGCUAGUGUUUGCCAUUUUCGAUUUCGAUCGUUUCUCCAAGCACGAUCAAAUCGGCGAGGUGAAGGUGCCACUCUGCACUAUUGACUUGGCGCAAACUAUUGAGGAAUGGCGAGAUUUGGUCAGCGUUGAAGGUGAAGGCGGACAGGAAAAGCUUGGCGAUAUCUGCUUCUCACUGCGUUACGUUCCAACUGCUGGCAAGCUAACUGUAGUCAUCUUAGAGGCCAAGAACUUGAAGAAGAUGGACGUCGGCGGAUUGUCUGAUCCAUAUGUGAAAAUUGCAAUCAUGCAAAAUGGAAAACGUUUGAAAAAGAAGAAGACAAGUAUCAAAAAAUGCACCCUCAACCCUUACUAUAAUGAGUCGUUCUCAUUUGAAGUACCAUUUGAACAAAUACAAAAAAUCUGUCUCGUCGUUACUGUUGUGGAUUACGAUCGUAUUGGUACAUCUGAGCCGAUUGGGCGCUGCAUACUCGGCUGUAUGGCUACCGGCACCGAAUUGCGACAUUGGUCCGAUAUGUUGGCCUCACCACGACGACCGAUUGCACAAUGGCAUACAUUGAAGGAUCCCGAGGAAACCGAUGAAAUACUGAAGAAUAUGAAGUAAAGUGACGGCAGUUUAUGUAGAAAGUACUAAGUAGGCGAGUGUGAAGAAUGUGAGACGUGAAGAUCAAGUUGUUCAUCAAUACAAUGAAUUCAUGUAGUAAACGCAAAAUAAAUCAACUUACAUAUUUACAUGCUCACUAUGUAAUAGUUACCCGUACCGCAACGCAAAAUGAACACUACUACAGCUGAGAUUAGUCUAACAGAACCAAAAAUUAAAACAAAUAUGCCGUCAACAACAACAACAACAACAAGAACCAAAUAAAUCAAACACAGCAACCGUAUAUACAUAUUAUACAACAAAAGUACCGUACAACAACAGGCAAACCGCUCAUCAUCAGUUCCACAUAGCAAAAGUAUAAAACUCUGGAGAAGAAACGUCUUAUUCGCAUAAAAAAUAUACAUACAUACAUCCUAUAUAUACAUAUAUAUAUAUACAUAAACAAAAGUAAUUGAAUUAUUUGUUAGGCCUCGACUCCGACCUCGAAACCAACAAUCAAACACACCGCGUUAAAACUAACUAGUGAAAUUUUGAAAAAAAAAAAUUAAAUAAAUUAAAAAUAAUUUGAGAUAUGUAGCCGGCAGUGUAAACGCAGCAUUAUGUCUGUGUGAAACUAUACGCAGUCAAAUGCAGCUUUGGCCGCGGGGAGGCGAGUCAUUUAUAAAAAAAAAAAAACUAAAACAAACCAAACACAAAAACUACACUUAGACAAAUAUUUAAAUAAUUACGAAAAUCACAUGCAUACAUGCGUAUAUAUACAAAAAAUAUGUAUGUGUGUACUUAUGUAUAUGAAAACCAACAAAAAAAAAUAACAAAAAACUCUGUAACUGUUGACUUCCUGUUAAAAUGUUUAUAUAAAAUCAUAUGCAAUGUAAGCAGACGCAUUGUAUUGUAUUCUAUUGUAUUGCAUCGUAUAGUAACUAUUGUGACCGUAUUGUACUAUAUAAAUAUUAUAUAUACAGUUAUUGAGAUGCCUCCAUUGUAUCGACAUAUGCUCUUUCCAAAAAGUUAUUUGUUUUCUGCUUUCAGCUCGAUUUUUUAGAGAGGAAGGGAGUUUUCACACUAUUAUAUGUAUUUGUUUGAUAAUUUCUAUGUACUAUUUAGUAUUGAAAAUGAUGUUUCAAAUGUUAAAACUAAAUUUACCAAAAACAAAACAAAAUGCUAAUUAAAAAUUAAAUAAACAUAAUAAUGAAAAUGUAACCUUUAAACCCACACCAAAAACAAAAAAGUAUAAACUAAAAGUUGCAAACAAUAAAUAAAAGAAUUUCAAUUUCUUAAUGCUGUUUGCCAUUUUUGUCACUAUUCCAAUUGUAAUGUAAAUUGUAUUUAAAUUUUAAUUAAAUAAUAAAGUUGUUAAACAUUUACGCCAUAAGAAAAUUAUGAAUUUUUCAAUUCAAAGCGUUUAAAAAUACUACAAAUAAUAUUUAUGCAGCAAAAAUAUAAAAAAAAAUAAAAAAACGAAAGCGCAUGGGAAGUUACAAUUUAUUUUCAAAAAUCUCUAAUUGUAGUACAUCAAAAAAAAUAAGAAAAAAACUUGCAUGACAUAACUGGGUUUUCGGCGAGUUUAUUUUUUUAAAUAAAUUUUAUUGGUGUUACAGCAACACCAACAUUCACUGGGGUUUCAGCUAAGUUUUCGAAAAUAAAUAUAAAGUGCAGGACAUCAAAAUUUUUUUGUAUAUUUCAUUCAGCUUUAUCUUUAAAUCAGCAGUCACUUAAAAAAUAUUUUCUUGUUCAAUUAAAAUGUGAAUUAAUUUUAUUUAAUUAAAAAUUAAUAAAUUCGAUUCGAUCGUAACACUCACCUUUUGUGGGAACUCCGAUCAUUCGCCUCAAGUGUGCAAUAAUUUCUCAGCGAAAUAACUUUGGAUAACUUAAAAAAAUCUUACAAUCUUGCCACAGUUCUCAUUUGUGCGAUUGUUUAACUUUGGACCAUAAAUCUUCGCUUCAUAAAGAGAAAACUACUGAUGUUAACGCUUUACGCAAGUCAGCUUUGUACACAAAUUAAAAAAUUACAAUUAUGAGGUCGAAUAUUUUUUUCAUUUUCCUUUAAUGGAGUUUUAAUGGGAUAAGUGCUCACUAAAUUGUAUGGACUUUGCAACGAGUUGUAAUCGAUAAUGUCAAUAGAGAUUAGACGUCUAGGUUAGGUCGAAGAGUAGAUCUCCGCAUCUACUGAGAAUAUCACUUAGACAGCAUAGACUGUCCUUUAUGACACCCACAUACUCCUAACGGAUCACCAAGACCCUCAUGUUUCGACAAAACACUUGGACUCUGUUAUAAAUCUUUCUUUAAUCGGCUAAUGUCGAUUCCAGUCACUGCGCUGGAUUCGCCGAAGGUGUGUCUACCGAGGUGUUUUAACCUUAGUGUAGCGAAAGCUGCACAUUGCAGAAGGAAGUGCUUGGAUGAUUCCUCUUCGCCUUCCCAUAAGCAACUUACUGACGUCUGACUUGAUUUCUAAUCUCACCUCAUAUGUGCCUAUUGGACAGUGACCAGUAAGCACUCUAAUUAUUCAGGCGAGAUGAACCUUCCUAAGCUAGAUUUUACGACUGCUUUAAAGCGUUCUUAAAAAAGAGAGAUUAUAAACUAAAAAUAAUAGUUAAAAAUAGAAAAUAACUUCAAUGCACACAAAAUCAGAAAAAAAUAAUUUCCAGCUGAAAACCCAAUUCAUGUUCAAUGCUAAGUACCUUUGUAAAGAACAUUUAUUGUCAUAAUCGUCAUUACUUACAAAAAAAUAUGUACAAUAUGUAUUUAAUUUGUAGCAUAUAUGCCCGUUUUUUUUUUGUUUUUCAUAAAAGACGGAAGUAAAAUAAUGAAUAAUUAUAAUAUUUAUAUUCAAAUUUACCUUUAUGUUUUUUCUAAAUUCUAUUUCACUUUAAAUGCAACAACACAUUUAGGUAUGUGCAUCGCAUGAUUGCAUUUCGUAUAUGUUUGUAUGUCUAUGUAAGUGUAAACUAUUUAGAAAAAUUACUAAUUAUUAUUAAUAAAUUUAAAAAUAAAAUAUUUAAUGAAUCAUGUUUAAAUAAAUAUAUUGUAGAAAGUUUAACUUCACGCGUGAUUGCAAAAAGCAAAUAUCAUCGGUUCUUGGAAGCCACAAAACAAUAAUUUAAAAUACAUACAUAUAUGGAGAAGGCAUAAUAUUAGUAAUUACAUAUUAUAUAUAUGUAUGUGUGUAAAAAUGCAUACGCACAUAAAUGUUUUUAUUUGUUUGGUUUUUUGUAUUAAAUUUAUAGUUUUUUUGAUUUAUACUUAUGUGAAAAUAAAUAGACGUCUAUGAGUUAAGGAUUUAUUAAAAUUGAAAUAUUGGAAGUCAUUAUUAGUACACAUAUAACUAAUAUUAAGAAGAUUAUUAAAUUCUAAUGAUUUAAUUAUAAUCUGAUUUUUGAAAUAACAAUUUGAUUUAUAUUUUACGUAUUGAUUUUUAUUAACUUGUUUUAUGAUUUUUUUUUUAAUUUUUUUUUUUAUAUUUGUUUAUUUUUUUUUCAUAAUAUAAUUACUGUGUAUAUAAUUAUUUUUUAUAUAGUAUGUGUUCCUAUUUUUGGUUUGUUUGAGAAAUCUUUUAGUUUAAUUAAACUUAUUUUAUUAAAUUUAGUUUAAAGAGUUAUCGAUUUCCUUUUCACCUUAUCACCACAAUGAGGCGUUAAUCGUUUUUUGAAAGAUGUGCUUAUGUGGCAUGCUGCUUUUAUUUAUGUAAAAAUCGUUGGAAUUUAUAUUAAAUAUAUAUAUAUAUAUAUAUAUAUAUAUAUAUAUAUAUAUACAAUAUAUAUAUACAAAUAAUAAUAGAUAUUUAGAAUUUGAAAACUCAUAUUUAAUACUAUAAUUAAAAUAUUUAAAGACAUAUUAAGAACAAUAAUAGUUAUUACUGCUAAUUUAUACUAUAUUAAGGAUAAAUGGUUAAGGCAGACAACACAGCAUGCAGUGAAUUUAACAAAAAAUAAAAAAUAUGUUAUUCAAUGGUAACAAAAACAAAACAAAAAUAAUAAAACUAAACGAACAUAACCAAACUUAUUUUAAGUGACAAAGAUAAAUGCAACAAGAAGAUAUCAUUGUUAUGAAGAAGGUACCACUAUUGAUUUUUAAACUAAAUAGACAAUUAAUAAAAUAUGUAUAUGUUUUUGUCUUGUAAAAAUAUAUAUAGUUAAGGUCUAUACACAAACUCGUACCGCAACUAAACAUACUGUUAAAUUGCAUAACACACAAAUAAUGGAACACUAAACAGCAGUUACACUUACAGAAAUACAUAUAUAUAUAAUAACGGCAAUAUAUUGUUAUUGCAAUUUUUAAGAUAACUUUAAUUUAGCAUGGGAUGAAGGUAUGACUAUCCGUAAAACCGUAAACCGUUUGUCGCGAGUAAUAUGGUAAAGCGGAUAUAAGAAAAAUGUGCAAAACAACUGUAGGUGGUGUAAAAAGAAAAAUAAAUUGCUAUGGAAAGUUAAAUUAAACAUUAGAUUACACAUAGUUGCACUAUACAAACUUAUAUUAUACAUAUUAAAUAAUAAAAAUAAAAGAAAAUUAGAAAUUAAUAAAUAUAUAUAUAUAUAUAUAAACAAUACCUAUAUACCACAACAAAAAAAAAAAACAAAACUAAUGCGACACUAAUUAUUAAUACUAAAAAAGAUUGUUAAUUUUGAUUACAAUGAGGCAUACAUAUUAUUAACAAUUACAUACAUAAAUACGAGUAUAUAAUAAAAAUUGCAAAUGAAAAUAAAAUAUGUAUUUGGUUUUAUUUAUAUAAACAUGACAUUUAAACCACACUGACACUUGCAGAACUCCAUAUUUUGUAUCUACCACAAUACACAAUAUCAAUCUCUGUCAUUUGUAUGUAUAUUAAUAAAUUAUCGAAAACGCUAGGUUGAACUUCCAUCUCUACGAAAGAACUUAAGUACCUCUCUCUCACUCUCUCUUUUUGAAAGAACGAAAGAAACAAGUACCCGCGCAAUGAUUUUGGGUAACACACAUGCAUACAUAUGAGUUAAACGGUUAGCAGAGUUAGCAAGCAGAACACCUACUUACAUACAUACAUACAUAAGUAGCCAUUUAUAAACCAUUUAAAAUUUAUAUAUAAAUAUAUAUCUAUAUACAUGUGAAAUAUGUGUGUAUCCACUGACAACCAUGAAACUGCUCAUCUAGGCAAAAAUACAUAUGAAAAGUAAACAAAUUUAAUAAGUUAGAAAUCAAGAAAAUCAAACUCACAGCGACUAGUUUUCAUUUGAAAUGACCGACACAUAUGUACGUAGAGCGCUGACAAGAUAGCUUAAAUAUACAGCAGAUUUGCUACAGCACUACCAAAUCCCUCUCUUUAAUAGUAACGGAAUUUAUUUUUCAAAUAGCCAACUCAAUAUAUUCUAUACAUUUCAUUUUCGAAAAUUUUAAUUCUAACAAGUGUAGUAUACUUCAUUCGUAGACACGUUGAAAGCUUUAUUGUGAGAUCAGUGUUGUUGCAAAGAGAGGGACUGACGCUAGAUCGCGGAAUUUUAUGCGCACCGCGCAUUGAACCAUAUGUCGACGAUUUUUAUAAAUCUAUAGAAUAUCAAUUUUAUAUUUUAUAUAAAAUUCAAGAUAAAAAAAUUCAAAAUCACUGUGGGCAUGCGAACGUAAUAACAAAAAUAAUUGCAAGAAAAAAAAUUAAAACGAAAACAAAAACAAAAAAAAACAUAAUCUUGAUAUAAAAUAUAUACUAUCAAAUGGAAAUGGCAUACAAAUAAUCAUCUAUACAUAAUCAUCAGCACCGCAUAGUAUGAAUUAAUCAGCUAAAUAAAAUUGAUA